GUUUGAGAAAUGUGCCGAUCUUCUAUGCAUUUUCUACCUUUGGUUUAUUAAAUAAAGUUUCUAUUAUUUAUAUUGGUUAAAGUUCGUAAACUUUCUAAUAUAGAAUAACAAUGUUGGUUUAUAUUGUUGAUGUGCCGAUCUUCUAAAUUAAUUUGGAUUUAUUGCACGUGUUGUUACAGUUUCAUUAUAUUGAAAAACUUUAAUGAUGGGGAUGUGGUCACUCUUCAACGAGCUUCACCCUUUGUCAAUGACACCUACAGUUAAAGCGAGACUUAUAAGAUCUUAUGGCAUGCCUUCAACCAAAAAUGACGAGUUAAAUAGUUUUGAAUGCAUAUUCCAUGAUAUAGAGGGAACUAGGUAUCAUUUCACGGCAUCAAAAUUUAUAAUAUCUAAGUUCAUCUCUAAAUUUGAAGAAGGAGGGCUUUAUGCUAUACGGAACUUCGGUGUUACACAUAAUCAAUCAAAGUUUAGAGUUACGUCACAUAAGUACAAAGCAACUUUUUAUGGAAACACACAAGUUAGAGUUGAAACUAAUACAAUGUUUCCUAAUAUCAUUUAUGCAUUCACGACCUUUUUAUAUACGCUACAAACUCUUAGUUAUGACGUAUGUGGCUCGUGCAGAUAUUAUAGGCAAAGUCGCCUCGAAGCCUAAUCCAACAAAACAGAUAACUCGAGAUGGUAAAGAAAAAAAAACAUUGGAUCUUACUCUUAUUGAUAUCGAGUGAGUAUUUAUGUAUAUAUAUUUUGGUCAUUCUUUCUUUAUUAUUAAAACUUAACUUUUGUUGUUCUUGCAAUAUUGUAUAAUAUUUAUUAAAGGGGAAAGACAAUAUCUUGCACACUGUGGGAUAAUUAUGUUGAUAUAUUCAUGAAUCAAUAUGAAGAACGCCAAAUGGAUGUCAACGUUAUUGUAUUACAAUUUUGCAGCCUAAGUAUGUUUCGAGGUACUGUAAAAGUGCAAAGUAGAUAUCAAGUUACUAAAAUUUUGUUGAAUGAAGAUAUACCUGACAUACAUGAAUUCAAGCAGAGACUUAUUCAUUCUGGCUUAAGCACUAUGGUUAUUUCAAACACUUCACAAUCAAUAAGCUCAACUGUUAUUGAUGAGCUUGAAGAUGGAGUCACCGUGACAACCAUAAAAGAGCUUUGUGAGAAUUCAGAGGGUGGAAGCUUUUGGAUAUGUGGUACUGUAGUUAAUAUUGACAAAGAACGGGGGUGGUUUUAUUUAUCUUGCAAAAAGUGCUACAGACAAGUGGAGAAAGUAGAAAAACAAUUCUACUGCAAGUAUUGCAACAGUUUUAACGAGUCAGCAGAAAUGAAGUAUAAAUUGAUAAUAAAUAUCGUAGACGACUCUGGCAGUUCGCCUAUUAUAUUAUGGGAUAAGGAGAUUAAGCAAGUGAUAGGAAAAUCAGCCGCAGAAGUUAACGUUGAAGGAGCAGAGGAGUUUGUUGUUCCAAAAGAGAUUCAAGAUGUCCUACUUCAAGAGAAAUUUAUGUUCAAGAUUAAGGUUCCUUUUGGAGAAGGUUGGGCAUUUAAUAGAGCGUAUAAUGUAUUAUGUGAUAGUAUAAAUUGAUAAUAAACGUUGUAGACGACUCUAGCAAGUUUUUAGUAUUUUUUGGACGAUAUUAAUUUGUUUUACAUGAUGUUUUUAUAUAUCAUAUUAAUAAUUUUUUAGUGGAUAAUUUCUAUAAUU